CACACAACACUGAACCACACCACACAUUGACACACACAACACUGAACCACACCACAGACACCCAAACACACACAUACACAACACGCAUUUCCCCCUCUCCCUGCUUCUCCCUGCUUCUUGGCGUGUCGUCGACUAUGGAGGCCGUUGCUGUACGAACACUUGGUUAUGCAAGUGUGCAUGUGCACUGCUUUACUGUGAGCGACCAGCACACCAUGGACCAGGUGCACGGAGCCCUGCGUGUGGCGGCAGUCACAAACAACCACCUCCGGGGAGAGCACGAGGAGCUGGACUAUUCCGAGAGGCUUAGGCCUCUCCAUCAUGAGGCGUUUGGAGACCGGUUCACCAGGCACUUGGUCGACCAACGGCCAGCCUUGGACACCUUGAAGGCCACCAUACACCCCGACGAAGGAUGCGAGGUGUCUGGCCUCAUCGAUGAAUACGAGGGGCAUUACAUGACUGGCGAAAUGUACUACCACGCAUCAGGUCACGCGGCCGUGAUCCGGAGAACAUCCCCUCGCUCAAGGUGGAUCGACGUGCUCGUGCCACGAGGAACAAGCGACGAGACGGUGCGGGAUGCCAUACACGAAGAGCAGAGGGCACAUGUCAACCGAAAACCACCGGUGGUGCCAGUUCCAGUCGCGCGCAUGCCCUGGUUCAGCCCCUCAUACCAAUGGCACUCAGCACAGUUCUCUCUCGGCUUCCUCAUGGACAGCAAACUGCGGUGGCACCAUGUUGGGGGAGCAGGUGUCAACGCGUACACGGCAGACAUCACCAACAGCGACAUUGACCUCGCCCAAUUCAUCCGCACAUCCCUCCGUGAGAGCGGCCUCCGUGUCACGCGCGUCACGCUGUACAGAUCCGAGUCCACCCUCAACGGUUUCCACUCCCACAACCACAACCUCAUGCAUCGCUAUUGGAAUGGCCACGGCAACCCGGUCCUUGCUACCUUUCCGGUACCAGACGAACUUGAGCCGCACGUGUGCGUGUGCAACACUUCAUCCCCCUUCCCUGGUUACUGUGCCCCGCGCAUCAUGCUCGCAUGGCAUGGCACGACAGAUUCGCAAGCGUCACGCAGCAUCAUGCUGACUAACCUGGCCAACUACUGGCAGCAGGGGAGAGAAGACACGGCAUACUUUGGCAGUGGCAUGUGCUUCACACCGCAGCCAGAUUAUGCAGCCCAUUACUCAAUGUUCCGAGGCACACGCGACUACCCCAGCCAUGAUGGCAACAACGAUGACGGGAGUCAUGACGAGAGUGAUGACGGGAGUGAUGAUGGUGCGAGCGAAGCCACCGAAACCAGUGGCACCACAAGUGCUGAUCGAGUCAGUGAGAUCAGCGAUGCUGGUGAUUCAAACGAUGGCGUUGGUGGUGUGACUGCCAACGCCGUUGCAGCUGUUGCUGCUUGCGAUGAUGAUGAUGAUGAUGAUGAUGAUGAUGAUGAUGAUGAUGACGACGACGACGACGACGAUGACGGCAGUGUUGAUGCUGGCAGUGUUGAUGGCACUGCUGGUGGCGGUGGAGGGGUUGUGCGAGAUGAACGCGGUGCUGGUGACAUCGGCAGAGGUGAUAGAGGUGAUGAUGGUGCUCACGAUCAUGCCGACAGUGACGGCUGUCAGCAGCCAACACAAUCAGCGCAACCAACAAUACGGUCGACAGCACAUCCAACAGCACACCCAGGCGUGGUCAGGCUUGUGCUGUGCGCGCUCUCCCUCGGAAACACUCGGGUCAUCACACGAGACGACUAUGUACCGUCCCCUCACAUCCCACAGCAUGAGCAGAGCGGGGUCAUGCAUGAGUCACUCACCGACAUGUACCAGUCCCACUACGCGCGCGUGGACGAGAAUUGCCACUGCCCGGCGCCUGGCAAACUGUGGCACUAUGAGGAGAUCAUCAUCCCACAGGAGAGCCAGAUUCUGCCGCUUGUGGAGGUUCAUGCAACGUUCACAGGCCCACAACCACGACCCAUGCCCAUCUUUAGGCGACAGCAGCACGUUCCCGCUGCAGAUGGUGAGGGCGAUGGUGGUGUCAGUGACAGCGAGUCACGCGACACGCCUGAGACCCCCAUUACACCUGAGGUGCAGCAGGAAUAGCAGCAUUCUCGCUGUGCGUGAUUGUUUGUUUGUUUGUGUGUGUGUGUGUGUGUGUGUGUG